AUUGUCCAAUCGGAUACUCAGCCUGCGGAGUCAGCCCUUGUUGAGUUAUUAAGCACACAGGCGAUUCUCUCAUCACAAGUCCGUCUCUCCCUCGAGUUCCAUAACAUACAAACUCACCGAACAUCCAGAUUGAUCCACAUUGAAAUCCCAAUCUGACUUGUUUCCUCAGUCUUCACUCCCAUCUUCAACUCGAAUCCCAGAUCAUGACCUCCUCCAGCCAAAAUGGUACCAGCAAGACCGUGGGUGAUGACCCCCAGGAUCCUAUCUUGGCUUCCAUACGAACGAUGGAAGCUAUACGAGAAUUCGCCGCCGAUAUUAUCCCUCUUCGGCCGGACGGAGCCAACAUACACGAAUGGGUUGGCGAGAUCGAUAAAACACUCUCGGACUUGGUCGAUCGCGAAAAAUACCUACAGGGAACCCCGGCUACACCCUUCAGCAAGGCUGAAGAUAAAAUAGCGCGUAACUUGAUCUAUUGGACCAUCCCACGCGAGCUGCGAUCUUGUAUCCACGGUGCAACCUCAGCUCACGACGCGUACACCUCCCUCCAGGCACAGUUCCUACGCAAUAAUCGCACAUCCCACAUGGCAGCCCUCGUCGACUUGUUCAACGUCCAUGCGCAAAUUAGCGAGCCCCAUCACAUCACCACGCUCUAUGACCGAAUGUACAAGGGAAUCAACGAGCUAGUCGCCAGUGGCUUUGUCGUCAACGAGGACACACUCUUGGGGGCAUUAUUCCAAAUCGCCGUCGGACGGGCUGACAGUCAACUUUAUGCAGCCACUAGCCAGCGCCUAGAUACCCUAGUUCCCAGCGACAGAUCAGUCUCAUCGCGUGAAGUAGCUGCUGCCGCCAGAAGAGAGUUCGAGCACUUGAGGAGCACAGUUUUUGACGACGAUCCCAUCGCCCAUCCUCCGAGCGAAGUGACGGAAUCACUCCAUGUUCCCGUCGAUGUGGAAUUCGAACCCAUCAACUCAUCCAAUGAGCCCAAUAUUGCAAAUGUUCCUGGCAGUAAACCCGCACCCAGACAACCGGGUGAGCAACAACACCCAGUAAACGUACCCUCCAAACGUCAAAAUCCGCCAGAAGGAUCACCAUCGCACCCUGAACGUGGCUCGUCAAGCGCUCAAGCUGACAAGCCUGUCACCUCUCAGGAGCCCGCCUCUUCCACUACUAAAGAAAGUGCCAACUCCCCCGCCUCUCAAGCUACCCAACCAACUAGCACCACCGGUCAAGCCACUCAGUCAACGAACACGGCAGCUCAAUCACAGCCUUCAAAAUCCAACGAUAUCUUCCCCUUUGUCAACUUCACCAAUACCAAUGCUGCUGGAAAGGCACGAGCGAUUUCUCCCGCCCCUGGCAGUCGCCCUGGCUCCACAAAACCCACCCCGACAACUAGUACGCCCUCAUUAUGCAUGUUGUUUGGCGCGACUCCAGACACUAGCAGUCCGUUGGUCACCAACAUCACUCCCCCAGCACGCUCGACGGCGACAACCACCCUGUUUGGGAACCCUCUUCCCGCCACCGCUGCUAGUAAUCUAUUCGGCAAACCGCCCUCGACGACUGAGUCGCCCGCCACAAAUCUCUUCCCACUCCGGAAACCUAGUCAGCCUGACUCGGACAAGAAAUCUCCCUUCGGCAGCAACACCCCGAUCUUUAGCACCCCAAACAUCUUCUUUGGCUCCGCGAACACAGCCACUACCAGUACUACACCGGCCGUUAAAUCUCCCGUGAAAGACUCGACAAAGUCCUCUAAAUGACCCAUGAAUGUAUUCAUCCGAAGGCUUUUGGAGCCAACUGGAUCCAGAAUUGUUUCUUGUUUUGAUCGGAUCCUCUUUCUCACUGUAUAAAAUUCUUCUGGGCGCUUUGAGUCUAUUGCUAGUAAACUGCUUUGAAUACCUAUCACAAGACAAGAAUAGUAACUUGGAUGAGAGUUGUUUUGGAGUGAUAUGAUGUUAUAGAUUUGCUAUGAUAUAUGAGAUGUUAGAAACUCUGGAUCAU